UUUUAAUGAGAUUAAUUUUUUUGUUUAAAUUUAUAUUUAAAGACUUAAUCUGAAUUAGGGUUAGAUUUAUGUGAAAAUUUGAUUUUUAUUCUUUUUAUUUAAUUUUAUUGAGGGUGUGAAUCUUAGGAUUAAUAAUAAUAGUUAUUCAGUUGCAAAGAAAAGUUGGGAUAAAGUUAGUAGUAUUUUUGGCUAUAAGUUUAAUUUUAGUAUUAAGAUUUAGGGUAGGAAAUCUAUUAGUAUUUUAUUUAUUUUUUGAGCUAAGUUUAAUUCCUACAUUUAUUAUAAUUAUUUAUUGGGGAUAUAAUUUUGAGCGAUUAAGAGCUUCAUUUUAUUUGUUAAUAUAUACAAUAUUUAUUUCUUUGCCGUUGUUAGCGUAUAUUAUGAAGUUAUUCAAGGUCAGGCAGACAUUUGAGAUGGAGUUAUUAAAGAUAGAUUAUUUAGGUUUAAGGUUUAUUGAUUAUUUGGUUUUGUUUAUAGCUUUUUUAAUUAAAAUACCGGUGUUCAUAUUUCAUUUAUGGUUGCCUAAGGCUCAUGUUGAGGCUCCGGUGUAUGGGUCAAUAAUUUUAGCUGCAGUUUUGUUAAAAUUAGGGAGAUAUGGAUUAUUGCGAUUUAUUGAGAUUUUUUAUUCAUGGUCUUUUAAGUAUAGGUAUAUUUUUAUAAGUGUAGGAAUUAUUGGGAGAAUUUAUGUUAGAUUAGUUAGGUUAGUUCAGAUUGAUAUAAAAAGGUUAGUAGCUUAUUCUUCGGUUGUUCAUAUAAAUGUUAUAUUAUGUGCUUUAUUCACUUUAAUAAAAUUGGGGUUUGUUAGAUCAUAUAUUUUAAUAAUUUCUCAUGGUUUAUGUUCUUCUGGUUUGUUUUUUAUAGUAAAUUUAUAUUAUGAACGAUCAUUGAGGCGAUUAAUAUUUUUUAAUAAAGGGAUGUUAAAUAUUUACCCUUCUUUGAGAUUAUGGUGAAUAAUUUAUUGUGCUAUAAAUUUUUCUUUCCCCUUGUCUUUAAAUUUUAUUAGGGAGGUCUAUAUAAUUAGUGUUAUUGUGGCUUGAGAUGUUAGACUAAUAAUUUAUUUGAUGGUUAUUUGUUUCUUUAGUAGGGCUUAUUCAUUAUAUUUAUAUUCGUAUGUUCAACAUGGGAUAAUUUAUGUAGAGAAUAAUAAAUUAUAUGUAAUUUAUUUAAAAGAUUUUAUAGUUUUGAUUUUUCAUUUUAUUCCUUUGAUUUUAUUAUUAUUUAAUUUAAUUAUGUUUUAUUAGGAUGUUUAGGGAGUAAAAUUAAAAUUAAAAAUUGGGCCUGUGAUAAUAGGAAGGGCAAUAUAA